CCUCUGGAGAAGCUGGGUGGCCCGGACCUCUCGGGAACCUGUGGUGAGAGAAAGCUGCGACGCCGUCCACGCCCCCUCCCCAUCCUCUGGGCGGGGCCUGGGCCGUGUCCGGGGCGGGGCCUGCUCACGCGGGUUGUUACAUUGUGAUUGUAGGGAGGCUGCUUGACUUGAGUGGUCGGGAGACCACUGCUCGGGUCACAUCGUCGUCUGUCUGUAGCCCCUGCUGGGCGCCUUGGCCCGGGGGGAGGGUGAAGCCGGGCACAGCUGGCAGGGGUGAGCGCCAGCCUGGGCUAUGGGAGAAAAGCAGCUGAAACUUUUCUGGAGUUACUGGGAGAAGCCCCCACCUGGACAACCUACCGCAAGGGUUGAAGCCUAGGGAGAGCCGCCAGUUGGCAUCCUUCUGGGCACAGGCGCUGGUCCUACCAUGCCUCUCUCCAAGAUGCCAGGCUGGGUGAUCCUGCCCGUCACGCUGCCAGCCGUCACCAUCACCGGGAUGUGGAUAGUGUAUGCCAUGGCAUUGUCCAACAACCACAUUUGCCCUGUGUCAAACUGGGUGUAUAAUCACACCUGUGAAUCACCGACUGAUGGGACUUGCUGCACGUUAGAUCACAUCCCUCUUGUCAGCAAAUGUGGAAACCUUCCUCCAGAGAGCUGUUUCUUCAGCCUUAUAUGCAGUUUAGGCGCAUUCAUGGUGAUGCUCAUCGGUCUGUUAAGAUAUGCCUAUGUGAUUGAGCGUUAUGGUCCCUCCUUACUAAAUACUGUAGCAUUUGUGUUGGGGUGGAUUUGUGCUGCUGGACUCAUUAUGGUUGGGAGUUUUCAGGUGGAUCAUGCCAAGGUUCUGCACUACAUUGGAGCCGGAGUAGCCUUUCCAACCAGUAUGUUGUUCAUCUUUUUCCAGUGUAUUCUGACAUACCGUAUGGCACACGCCCAUUGGUACUGCUGGACUGGUCAUCUACGCAGCCUUCUGACACUCUUUGGUCUGGUUAUAUUAGUGCUCAGUGGUGCAUUAUUCAUACAGGAAGGCUUUGUGCUUCAGCAUAUUGCUGCUCUGUGUGAGUGGACCUUCAUAAUAAAUGUUCUAAUUUACUAUGGAACUUUUGCCUUUGAAUUUGGGGCAAUCUCUACCGAUACCUUCCUGGUCCUCCUAAAAGCAAGCAGGGCUCCGAAGAGCUAUAAGGCAGGAACCAGCACUCCAGCAACACCUCAUGCGCACAGCACAUCUGAGAACAUGGCUAUGAUAUGACCGCAUCACAGUGUUUUUCUAGACAUCAUAUGCACCCCUGAGCCGCCUUGUAAACCCAAGAGCAUCGUCCUUUGCACGGGGGCUCAUAACCUUCCUGGCCUCAUCACAGUACCAAAAAAGUGAAUGAAACGACUAGAAAGCAAAUUACUUUUCCUUAUGGACAAUUCUAAAGUUUGUGGGCUAGCAUAUUAAGUCUGUUAUAUGUACAGGGCAUUAAUGAAUUUGCCAUAUAAAAAUUAUUUGUAUAUUUUUUAUAUAGUUCAUUUAUAUAGUCAAGAAUCUCCACAACGAAAGAGCAAGGCCAAAGUUAUUGUGUUCGAUAUAAUAGAGGGAGCGGUAUUAUUGUAUAUGAAGAUGCAUUACGAAAUAGUGUUGCUUUAAAAAGAAUGAAUGAUACAUGCUAGUAUAUCAGGUGUAAUUUGGGCUUAUAGACCUUAUGCUACCUAGGCCGCCUUUUAUAAGUUUGAAUAAGAAUUGUAGGACCAACAAAACCAGUUUGCCUUAACACCAGACCAUCCUUCAUAGACUCAUUAUGCCAUUAUCCCUGUUAGACAUCUGGAAUGUAUUAUAUGAGUUUGCCAGGGUUAAUAAUACGUCUAAUUUUCUUCAGCACAGAGCAUAUGUAAACUUUCUAACGCAGUCCCCAACCUGGUGGCUUACAAUUCACCUUUGAUCUCCUUCAUAAGGCAUCAUUAGGUGAAGGUUGUGAAGGCUCUGCUUUGUACCGGUAUACUGGUACCCAGUGAGACAGUUAUUUAAAUGGUUUAAAUUAAUAUAAGCAGUGCUAGGUUAAAGAUGUGGCAGAUUUAUUUGACAGAUUUUGCACAUCUUUGGAACAUGUUAGAGUCCCUUUCCUUCUUUGAUGCCACCUCUGGUAUGCUUUAAAGAAGUAUUUUGUGCUAAAAAAAAAAAAAAAAAAACUGCCGCACUCCACAAAAUAAAUCUUUCACAUUUUACAGCUUGACAAGUCCACGUUCUAGAGAUGCUUGGCCAAUGUGUCACAAAUUAUAAAUCUCUGUGGCAACUUGUGCUGGAAAAGAGAGGCAACAGCAUUGAUAAAUGUACCUCAGUAUCUUCUGGACAGACCAGAAUGUAGUUUCCAAAAAUGAUGAUAAUGUGACCUUAUGAAAAUUUCAUUUAACCUUAAAUUAGUUUCUUAGGCUAGGUUCACAGCUUCAGUGCAGGUUCUUUUAGUAACCUCCAUCACGGAUUCUGGCAUAAGUGCAGGAAAUAGGCUAUUUUGUCUGGCAGAAUGAUGGACCCCGUUAAAGUCAGUAAGGUCUGUCAAGGAGCAGUCGUUGACCAUAGGCCCUGUACUUCAAGUGUUUUCAGGAAAAUGUGCAGCAAAUGUGAACCUAGUCUUACAAGUGAAACAAUUUUACAAAGCUGCUUACCUCAGCUGAGCAGUUUACUGAUGACAUUAGGUGGUGUUCUAGUGGAAUACUACAUUACUUGGUCCGCCAUGGUUUCCUUGACUGUCUACUGAUUGGAUUCCCAUUGUUGGGUGUUCUGAUUCCUGAUAUAUCUGCACAAAGUGAACUGUAAAAAGCUAAAAUUGGGACAUGCCUGUUUACUUCGCUUAUCACGACAACACAUAUAGUUUAUCUCUUUGAAGUAAAUCUGGUUUAUAAUAUGUGAAAGUGUAACAGAAUUGUUCAAAAAUACCUCCAAAUGCUCUGAAUUUAGUCCAGUUUAUUAGUCACCGCUCUUGGUCAAUAUGACGGCUCAUGCAGUAUUGUAAUAAAGGUCACAAAUCAUACAGUAUACAUGAAAUCAUUAUUCAGAUAUUACGACAAUACUAUUGUCACAGGUUUACAAUACACAGUGCUGCUGCCUUUAUAUCUGCAUAUGUAGGAACUUCUUCCUAGCACAAAUGGGGGAGAUAUAUCAUCUCUUUUGCGACAGAAAAGUGACUUUAAAAAGUCGCAAGCUAUGAGUUUCUGAAUUUUUUAAUGUGACUUUUUGAAAAAGAAAAAGUCGCAAGUGCCUCUUUUUAUGUUGCCCUUGCCACUUUUCCAAAAAGUAGUGUCAAGGGCAUGGUCGACGGCUGAGACAAAUUUAUCUUCAUUUAUGCCAGUUUUCUGGUGCAAAUGAAGCCAGAAAUCUAUGGCGGCUCAGAGCUGCUGUACAUUUCUGUGUAGGCACAGAGACUGCAGGAGGAUGCUCCAAAAUUUAUGACGAGACAAGCGCCUCAUCAUAAAUGAGGAUUUAUCGGAAAACUCCAGUCUUGAUGAAUCCAUCCCCACCAAAAUGUCAUGUAGAGAAAGAAAAAAAGAAUUUAAAACAUUUCAAUUCUAUUGUCAUGUUAUGUAGCAAAACAAGCUUUCUCCACAGGAGGUGCCUUAUUAAAUGUCAUUACUAUGCAAGACUACAUUUGAUGUGUUGCCCUGUAUGUGUACCUUUUCUUUAAGCUUACUUUGAUUUCAGUCCUGAAAAGUUAGAUUUUAUUAUUUAAAGGUGUUUUUUUUUUUUGUUUUUUUUUUAAUCUAUGUCUUUCAUAUUCUCCUCCAUAAUCUUUUUUUCUCAUGCUCUUCCUGUUCCCCUGCUGGACGUCGUCUACUCCACUGUGGUAAUGAAAUGCCAUCUUAACACAUAACUGCAGCAGCCAAUCAAUGGAUACAAUGGUGACAUGUCACCACUAUGGUCAGCAAUUGGCUGCCUAGAUCACAUGAUGAGAUGAUAUUAUCACCGCAGUGGUCUAAGCAUGAACCAGCAAGAAACCAGAGAACUGUCAGCACUGGAGUAAUGGUGGGUUUGAAAUAUGAGAUUUAUACUAUUUUAACCCAUAUUUAUUUCACUCAAAAUUAAAGUAAAGUGGUACAGAGUCAGAAAAAUGGCUUGACCACAGUAUCUUCUUUUUCCCUCCAUGUUAAACUCACCGAGCUCCAGGAAGCCAUCAUUUGGAGAUCUGUUGCAUAGGGUCUUCUUGGAUAGUAAUAAAGGGUGCUUUCACUGCAGCAAAAACUGUUGCAGUUUUAUGUUACAGAUUUGGGUGCGAAAUUGCACAUCAGAAAUCGGCAACACAUAGAAAAAGCUGAGGAAAUACAUUCCAUGGUUGAAAACCUGGAUGCAGAAGUUCGAGCCAUGUAUGCAUUGCAGAUCUCCACUCAUAGGAAUACACAGUGUAAAUUUCUCCAGUGGAUUUUUCCUCUAUUACGUCAGAUAUGAAGGCACCCCUAUGUCAAUAUAUGAGCACAACUGACCUGUAGGAAGCACAAACAUAUUCUCUGUGACUAACAAAAUAGUGACUUUGUAUAAAAAAGCAAAUAGUUUGGGCUUGGAUGCAGAUUUUACCAUUCUAUUUUCAAAUUGGCUAAACUAAAAUCUCAAACUUGACAAACUGAUGUAUUAAAGUUCAUGAGAAUGCUGAUCCCACGUCCCCUGUUUGAACAGAGUGGUGGUCAAGCAAGCCCACCACUUCUCCAUUCAAACUGUUUAGGACUGCCAAGUGCAGUCCAAUAGAGUUUGAAUGGAGUGGAAAUGGGUAUGCUCGACCACCACUCCAUUCAAACAGGGGACGUGGGACCACCAUUCUCAUAAUCUUGGGGGUCCUAAUAGUUGAAAACCCACCAGUCUGACAGUUCUCUAUCCAAUGGAUAGGGGAUAACUUCUCAAUACAGGAAUACACUUAAUUCCUGGCUUCUUCUUUGGGAAACGGUUUAAGAUCUUGGGAUUAACAAAGAAAUCACCUUUUCAGGUUUUGCAUACAGUAAGGCCCCUUUCAGACGAGUGAGUGUUACACUCCGGACUCGCAGAGCUGCUCCCGUCCUGAAUUUCCAGCACUCCUGGGGUCGCACAGCAUUAUAUUGAUUUAUGAUGCUAUGUAACCCUUAUAGUUCUGGAAUUUAUUGGAUAACACUGACAUAAUGCUGUCACUGUUAUCCAAUACAUUCCAGAACUGUACGAGUUACAUAGCAUCAUAAAUCAAUGAUAUGCGACCCCGGCAAUGCUGGGAGGUCAGGAUGGGAGCUGCACUGUGAGCUCAACACUAACUCAUCUGAAACCAGCCUUAGGCUUAAAAGAAAAUAUGCAACUUUAACUAUAAAGUUUAAUAAAUAUGCAACGGGCUGUGUCCUAUUUUUGGGGUGUAUCAAGCAUAUGUAAAGACAAAAGAAUAUGCAAAAAGCAUACUCUCUGUGGGAAUCCUUUCCGUUUUUGUGCCAAUGUGUGUUCACAAUGUAUUAAAUCCUGCAACGUGCAGGGGGACCAGCACUGAAUCUUUAAAAUGAAAUUGCCUGUAUUGGGUAAAAAAUAAAUAAAUAUUAAUUUCAUUUCUUGUCCUCUUCACCCGUCUAAACAAUUAUGUCUCCUAUUACUUGUAUAGUUUAUUCAUUAAGUUUGAUUGGUAGAAAGCAUAUGAUAAAGUGUACAUGAAAUCUACUAAUUGUAACAUCCUAGGACCAACUUGGCUCUGUAAUUCUGGUUACACUUGAACAGUCAUCCUUUAUCUUUGUGAAUCAACCAAAUGUAUUAUCUUUUAAAGAAUGACCAAAGAAAUAUUUGUAUCCAACUGCU